UAAUCUUUAUCUUGUUAUUUCAUUGUUUUGUUAAGCGGUAUUUAGUGGGCGAGGGGGAUGUUCAUAUUAAUAUGAACCACUAUUAUCAUAUUGUAGAUAAAUCUUUAUGAAAAGUGAUAUGUAUCAGUAUGGAAUCUAGCCAAAAAUCGCCGUCAGAAUUUCAUUGCUUCAAGUCUGAGUUGAUCAUGCCUCCCCCGGAAACUCCGUUACAUGUUACACAAGAAGCUAUUAGCAUGUUGGAGGCGUACCUAAAUAUUGGUUCUCUUAAAAGACAAAAAGAUAUCAAAUCUAACAAUGUAUUUGUAUCUCGCCAUUACAAACCUGAUGAUUCAACAACUGGAGGAUCGAAUUCCCACAGUAGAAAUUUGAACUUAUUGCCCCUUAAAGAAGAUAUUCAGAAGAGUGAAGUUCUAGAGUCUAAUAAAACAACAAUUUGCACAAAUUCUAUCCAUAUGAGCCGAAUACCGAAUUUGUCUGUUGUUGACAGAGAAUGUUUAGAGCAAUGUGCAAACGAAUCUCAUUUGAGCUAUACGACAAAGCAUUUUAAAGAUGCUUGUUCAUCAAACAGUGAAACUAUAUCUAAUAAAACCCCUCUUCUGUCGACGAAUAGAUCAUUUGUACAGGGAAGCAAAAUAAAUGAACUCUAUGAGCACUUAGACAGUGUCGAUGGUCUUGGUGCUAAAUCUCAAAGAUCUGACUCAAUCCAUAAUUCAAGUAACAUAGAAUCUGUCAGUCCAUCAAUCUUUGAAAUUUCAACUCAAAUAACCAGCAUAGGAACUGGUAGUUCCUUGUCUAAGAAGUCUGUAAUGAAAGACGAUUCUGUAUCUUCGUCGAUUAUUCGCUAUCAUAGUGUAAGCAGUGAAAGUACACAAAAAACUCACUUCAUACCUAAAAUACAGGAAUCGGAGGUAAGCUCUCAUCAUAAUGAAUAUACUCGACGCCUAAGUGUCAGGUCGGCACCUGAAGACAUACACCAUUGUGUGCGCAUGAAAUCUAAACGAAACGCCCUCAAAAAAUGGUUUAAAUUCCGGCUUCCUAAAAGAAGUUUUAACUUUAAAUCUCAUAUUGGAAAUAAAUUAUCUGCAACUGAGGGUGGAACAUUAGAAUCAAAGAAUGCUUUUAGGGGAACUUACUCACAAGAGAAAACAACAGUCUUGGAAAACGGAGAAUAUAUUGACUGUGAAGGAAACAAUAGUAUCCUCUUUGAACCAAUACCUAACAUAAAUGUGAGUACCGACAUGAUUAAUAAAUCAGAUAAAAGGCUUCAUCAUCCACUGUUUAUCAAUGUAUGUACCCAGUUUUUCCCACGAUUAUUUCGUCAGAAUGAUUCUUCAUCUAAUUAUAUAACAAGUGGUUUCUUCCCGAGAAUGCAAAGGCUAUCUACGAACACUAAUCGUCGUGUAAAGCGAAACAAGCGAAAAGCUAGAAAGUUCAAUAAAGUUUCUACUCAAGCUUCUGUAGAAGAACAAGAAGAAAAGUUUCAGUUAACACCAUUAUAUACCAAACGACGUUCAUCUCGGUUCUCUCAUUAUGGAAAUGAUGAAUUAUUUGCAAAUAAGAGAAACUUAUUAAUUGAACGAGUAGACUGUGACACGUUGAACCGAUCAAAUUACUCAUCAAAUAAAGAAUCUUCAGAUAAUGACUCGUUUAAAACACCAAUAAUAAAUUCUAAAACAUGGCCAAUCGGUUCGCCUAAUUCAAAGGUAGCUAGUGAAAUUGCACGUCUUUAUCGUGGAUUAAUUGAAACAAUAGAAAGUGAUAAAUUGGUCGAACCUUCUUCACAAACAUGGAGUCACUUUACCGACAGAAAAUUUCAGAUUCUAAAUAAUAAGGAUGUACCUUCAAACUCAGUAAAACAAAAUAUCAAAAACUAUAAGACAGAGAAUUCUUCAAACACCCCUGAACUUCAAAAUGACUCAAAAGUACGAAAUUCCAAUAAUCAGUCAACAAAUCGUAAUACACAUUAUCCGUAUGCUAAAUACAUUGCUGCUAUGAUUGAUGCUUUGUCCGAACGUCUUAUGGGAAAGAUAUCAGAAGAUGAUUUAGAAUUACGUUUUCAAACUUUAGAAGCAGAAGCAUUUAAAGCAGCUAAACAAAAAAAUGUUCAAUCUCUUAAACAAGAACAAUUCUGCUCGGUUAGUCAUGACUUUGAAAAUUUACGUUGUCCGAAUUCUUUGCAACAUGCGACACGUGGUCAUUCAUCAUCAGAUGAAAAUUUAUUCAAUACGACGGAAACAGAGAAGCUAGAAAAUCGAUGCCACUCUGUAUCUGAUUUUUGUACUACAAAAAACCCGUCAGAUCUAUAUAAUACAUCAUCAUUAGAAUUAAGUCAAUGUAGCUUGAAGCAUUCUUGUUUAGCACAAGUCAAACGAUUGCAACUUCGAAACAAAUUGAUCAUAACAGAGGAUUUAUUAAAUCGUCUUAUAAAUCAUACAACUUAUCCAAGUUUCGAAGCUGAUAUCCUGGAAUUAUUAGGUCGACAACCAAACUGGCAUAGAAUCGCUAUUCUUUAUUACCUGACUAGAUGUUCAGUUAGACAUAUAUUAAAUUCACAUAUUCAAAGGAUGGAAACAUUACAAGAAUCGACUUCAAAUUUAUCAACAACAAUAUCAUUAACUGUCGAUUCAGAUAGUGAGGAACUUCAUGAGAAUCAUACACAAUCAUCAAGAAGUAAAUCGCCUCAUCAAUGUAGUUUAUAUUCAUUGAAUUCAACAUACGAUACAAUAAUUCGUGAUACUGGCCAAUGCAGAGCAAAUAUAGGCCGAAUCAAAGAUUAUACAAUUACAUUUUUUACACGAUGGUAUGCAGAUUGGGUGUAUAAACGUGGUGGUUGGCAAUCGGUAAUAGAAGAAACUGAAGACUCUGAAAUAGACUGAAUUGUCAAUUGAUUAUUUUACUUAGACGGGAUAAAUGUGAUUUUUUCUGUUUUAUUGUUCAAUAACAAACAGCUUGUUAGUUUAUGACAAAUUAUAUGCAGGAUUUAUGAAGUUUGUACAUAAGAAGCAAUUUGUUUACAAUAAAUUUAUGCGUAUGUUAUGUAAUGUAUAAUAUAUGGUAGAACAGACAUGACAAUAGACCCAUAAUUUUUUCGAAUUAUAUUUUGUUCAAAUUGUAAAUUUUCUACACGUUAACGUAGCCAUCAUCUUUUUCCAGAAAUGUAAAUUGACUGUAUAUUUCCUUUGGUAAUAUAGCAUAUUGUGG